GGAAUAAUAAGGAUACCCCAUGCAUGUUCUAUUUAUUAUUUCUCACUACAGGCCUCUCUCUCCAACCCAACGUUCAAGUUUGUUCCAGAAAUGGCAUACACACAUACCACAAUAUUAUGGCUCCUGUUAAUCCAGUUCCUGGUACUGUUAACCGAAACAGGUGCCAAAGUUCCGGCAAUCAUCGUGUUUGGGGACUCAUCGGUGGAUGCUGGAAACAACAAUUGGAUUCCUACCAUUGCCAGGAGCAAUUUCGAGCCAUAUGGGCGUGAUUUUAAGGGCGGGAAGCCAACUGGAAGAUUCUCCAAUGGCCGAAUUGCUACUGACUUCAUCUCUGAGGCCGCUGGCCUCAAGCCAAUAAUACCAGCCUACUUGGAUCCUGCAUAUAACAUUUCAGACUUUGCCACCGGAGUUACAUUUGCUUCUGCUGGGACAGGUUAUGACAAUGCAACUUCUGGUGUGUUGUCUGUGAUACCACUUUGGAAGGAAUUAGAGUACUAUAAGGAAUAUCAGAAGAAGCUGAGAGACUAUCUUGGAGAAACUCAAGCUGAUCAAAGAAUAAGCGAGGCUUUACACAUGAUGAGUUUAGGAACAAACGAUUUCCUGGAGAACUACUACUCCUUCUCUGGAAGCCGACGUUCAUCCCAAUUCACCAUCACACAGUACGAAGACUUCCUGAUUGGAAUAGCCGGAAAUUUCAUCAGGUCGCUCUAUGGUUUAGGAGCGCGGAAAAUAUCCCUGGGAGGGUUGCCUCCGAUGGGGUGCCUGCCAUUGGAGAGAGCCACGAAUGUUAUGGGAGGGAACGACUGCAGCGACAGGUAUAACACAGUGGCUUUGGAAUUCAAUGACAAGUUAAAGCAACUGACAAUGGAGCUGAACAAGGAGCUCUCUGGGAUUAAAUUGGUGUUUUCAAACCCAUACUACAUUUUCAUGAACAUCAUAAAGAGUCCUUCUUCGUUUGGAUUUGAGGUGGCCUCAGUGGCAUGUUGUGCAACCGGGAUGUUCGAGAUGGGAUAUGCGUGCAAUCGAAAUAAUUUAUUCACUUGCAGUGAUGCAGACAAGUUUGUAUUCUGGGAUGCCUUUCAUCCAACGCAGAAAACCAAUAGUAUCAUCUCCAAUUAUAUAGUGAGCAAGGUUUUGCCUGAGUUCCUUUGAUGUCCGUUUCAACUAUGAAGUUUGCAGUACUAGUACUUCUCAUCAUGCGAUAUAUAAUAUAUAUGUAUGUAUGUACGUAUGUCUAGAUGCAUGGACGCAUGCAGCAGCCCAUCAUAGUCAUGCAUGUUAUGCAUAUGUACGUUUUAAAUAUUGACGACGAUGGUAUUAUAUAUACAGAUCAUAUCGAUCUAUCGAUUGACACGUCA